CUGUUCUCUGACGUCGACAAGCUCUUACAGUAUUCUGCUGUUUCAAGCCGAACCCCCACAAUCAGUUAAACAUCAUUCAGACAGUACACAUGCACUUUGUAUCUCCAAAUAGCACAAGGCCGUUUUUGUAUCAGAGUGAAAGACGAGGAGCAGAGAACAGGUAGACAGUAGGAAAAUCAACAACUGAGACAAUGAAGAAGGCACUUCUGUUCCUCCUGGAACUUGGCUUCCUCCUUCAAGUCAUCACCGAAGCCCAGGACAUGAGCUCUGAUGUCACGGUGCUGGCCUCCAAGAACACUGACUUCGCCACAAGCCUGUACCGCGAGAUUUCCAGCGCCAGCGAUGACAACGUCUUCUUCUCGCCCCUUUGCGUGUCGUCGGCCCUUGCCGCACUGUCGAUGGGCGCCCAAGGAAUCACGCGUGAGAAGAUCCUCCAGGGGCUCGGCAUCACCCCGCUGGACCAGGAAGACCAGCCGAAGCGGAUCCCAGAGCUCUUCCAGAAACUGCGGGAAGAGGUGACCAAGAACGAGGGGCUGCAGUACAACCCUACCACCGCCCUGUUUAUCCGCCAGCAGCUGGAUGUGUCGACGGACUACACUCAAGUGAUUAAGCAGUACUUCGGUGCAAAUAUCAGCAAGGUGGACUUCACCAACGCGCAAGUCAGCAAGGCCUCCAUCAAUGAUUAUGUGAAAAGCAAGACGGGGGACAAGGUGAAGGAGGUGGUCAGCACCGUGGAUCCACAGGCCACACUGAUGCUCAUUAGCUCCAUCUUCUUUCAAGGGAACUGGAAGAUCCCAUUUGCUCCCAUGCCAGAGGAGCGUUUCUUUGUCAACAAGUACAAGAUCGUCCAGGUCACCAUGUUGUUCAGUAGUGAGAAGCACUACCUGGCCUACGACCCCACCAUGAAGUUGGGCGUGCUGAAGCUGCCAUACCAGGGUGGCGUGGCCAUGCUUGUCCUCCUACCUGACAAGGAUGUGGACUACACCUCCAUCGAUGAGGUCCUCACAGGAGAUCGCUUCCUUGGCUGGAUCAAAAUGCUGAAGAAAAUCAAACUGGAAGUGGUACUGCCCAUGUUCUCACUCGAACAGUCGUACGCUAUGAAGACCGUCCUGCCUGACAUGGGCAUUUCCAACGUGUUCGAGAGUGCAGACCUCUCCGGACUGAGCGAAGAGCCAAAUCUUAAUCUAUCAGAGAUGAUUCAUAAGGCCGCAAUUGAGGUUAAGAAGUCAGAUAUCUCAGCCAUGGACACCCCAAUGGAUUCUGCACCCCCCCGCCUCACCAUCAACAGGCCCUUUCUCUUUGUCAUCUACCACGAGGCCACCAAUAGCCCACUGUUCAUGGGCAGGGUCAUAGAUCCCACCAAGAAGUAACCGUGCUGUUCGACGGCCUACUGGACAAGACUCUUCAUUAUAAAUUGCUUGCAGUUUCAGCUAAACAUAGGGCUCAUUCCCAUCGCUUGUUUUUCUUUGUUGUCUGGUCCUUGCUAGUGACCUAUAAAUCGAUCUAGGUCCACCAUCUUUAAGGAUAUACGAACCCGUUAAAUGUUCGUUCUAUGAGCUAGAAGUAGAAGUUAGGAACUCCCAAUCUUGCCUUUGCGCAAGUAUUUUUUUGGAAAGUGUGACGUAUAAAUGAUUGACCUGUGGAUCCACCUCCCCUCAUCUGCUACGUCUGUAACUGACGUUUGAAGGAGCCAGGACAUUCCAUUUGCCUAAUUCACAUUUUCUCAAUUUGCCUAAUUCACUUUUUUUUCCCGCCUCUUUUUCUAGCCUCUCCCGACUUUUCCUAGGAGUAGAAAAUAGAGCAAAGAAAAAAAGAGGAGAAUAAUAAGUAAUUGGAAUGAGCUCAUAAUGUUUGCUUUUGUAUGUCAUGCACAUAGGAGUAGAAUAAUGUGUAUCCAUUUCUAACAUCUAUAACUCAUCAAAAGCAGACAAGCCAAUAUGAUCGCUAAAUGGAUGGUCAUUCACAGGUCAUACAUGAGGUAUGCUUGCUGUGUUUUUCAAGACUCUGUCUAUCACUUUUUAAUAGUUUCAUUAUAUAUUAUUAACUAAGUGAAACCAGUGUUUUGAUAGUAUGCCUAUUUUGUUCAUUUGACAUGUGAAAUGAAUUUUUUGUUUAAUUUUCCUAUCCUGAAAAUGACAAAGUUACUAUACUGCCCAUUUGGUAUUGUAGUUUAUACACUGCUUGUAUAGCUUCAUGGGAAUUAUCAUCAUAGUGGUGUGUCUGUUCAGUGUUCUGACAAUCAAAUAUGAUCUUGAAGCAAAUAUUCAUUAUAGACCAGACACAUCAUGUAAGUCCUCCAGACUCCUGUGUUUAGAAAUGGCAUACUUUUCAAGCAAAAUAUUAUUUUCUGGUUUAUAAAGUAAGAUACAUUUUUAUCAUGUGGACUAAUGAAUAGUUAAAAACGUAAAAACGAGAUUGUACAGGGCAGUAAAGAUGAUACACAGGUAUUAUUUAUGGGCUGCUAAAUGUUGGGUUAUUGAAUUCCAGGCUUUUUUUAACACAUGAGGUUUUUAAAGAGGUGUAAACUUUAGCAUUCCUAACUACAUCUUACUUGGAAAUAAGUGAACACAUGCAUGAUGCAGUGUAACAAGAAAUGUUAAAUAAAUGACCUUCUGCUCCACAAA